AUGCCGCGCGCCGCGCCUGGCGAGGGCUACGAGCGCAUCGCGCAGGUCGGCGAGGGCACGUACGGGCAGGUGUUCAAGGCGCGCGCCGAGAAGAGCGGCGCCCUCGUGGCGCUCAAGAAGAUCCGCAUGGAGGCGGAGAAGGACGGCUUUCCCGUCACGGCGAUGCGCGAGAUCAAGCUGCUGCAGGGCCUGAGACACGAGAAUGUGGUGCGCCUGUGGGAGAUGAUGGUGUCGAAGAACUCGGUCUAUAUGGUCUUCGAGUACAUGGAGCACGAUCUCAACGGCGUGCUGGCGCAUCCCAGCAUCACCUUCACACCUGCGCAUCUCAAGUCGCUCUCAGCACAGCUCUUCUCGGGCCUGGCCUACCUGCACCGCCGCUCAGUGCUGCACCGCGAUCUCAAGGGCAGCAACAUCCUGCUCUCCAACGCCGGCGUGCUCAAGCUCGCCGAUUUUGGCCUGGCGCGCAUGUAUGCCAAACGCCGCAAGGGCGACUAUACGAACCGCGUCGUCACCCUGUGGUACAAGCCUCUCGAGCUGCUCUUUGGCGCGACGCAGUACGGGCCGGAGGUCGACAUGUGGGGCGCCGGAUGCAUCUUCCUCGAGCUGUUCACGCGCCGUCCGGCCUUCCAGGGCAACGACGAGAUCCACCAAGUGGCAGUGAUCUACGAUGUGCUGGGCCCGCUCGUUCCCGCCGACGAAUGGCCCGACGCGGAGAAGCUGCCAUGGUACGACCUCGUGAGGCCCGCUGCAGCAUCCGACGGAUUGGCUGCGCAGACUGCAGAGGAGCGCUUCAAGCUCGCUUUCGAGAAGUCCAUGCCGCCCGCAGCGCUGGCCGUUGCGUUUGCGCUGCUGCGCUUCGAUCCCGCUCGCCGAGCAUCGGCAGCCGAGGCGCUGCAGAUGCCGUACUUCACCACUGAGCGGCCCCGCGCUCAACGACCUGCAGGCCUGCUCGCGAGUGUCGAAGGCGAGUGGCACGAGUUCGAGAGCCGGCGCGCCGCGCGCAAGGCGCGGCCAUAG